ACUCACGUCAUGAUACGUCUAAGGAAUGAGGCUUCUCCUUCAUGAGAUCAGGACCAUGCAGUUCUGCCCAACGUGGCAGAGUUUACUGGACAGCGGAUUACCAGCCACUAAGACGCCCUUGCUUUUUCUUAUCACGACUUCCCCUCACUGCAUCAAUGGGUUUCACGUCACUCCGCACACCAAGGACUCUUCAUUUUAUGGCUUCAUCUUCAUACUUUCAUAGAUGGAUGCCACAGAAGAAGAAGUCAAAUCUGUGCUUACAGAAGCCUUAAAUGGCUAUCUGAAAAUCAUAUUACUGGAGCAGACAUUGCAUGAAACCUCGCAGCCUCGUCAAGGAAAGGGUAUAGAGACUGAGAUUGAUAUUGCGCGCGUCCAGUAUUUUCAAUCGCGGACUCAUGUCACGGAGACUUGCUUGCAGUUUUCUGGCAGAAUAGCUUCAAAUGUGAGAGCAUGGGCUGCUGGUGAGCCGGAAAAGGUAGAGAGGAAGGUCGCGAUGGAGAGCCUCCUCGAUGCGAUAUCUCCCUCGGUACAUCACUUUCUUCUACCAGCUAAGGAGGACGACGAGUCGUUCUUAAAUCCGUUCACAGGGCAGUGGAUACAGCCCACCAAUUCUUCCCGAUCAGCGGGUCCUUCGAACUGGCAUGGGUCAGCUGCUCAAAACGACUUUGAUUAUCUCAAGGUAGAAACCAAUACGCCGCUGCCAUCGAAGGGGAAGGAAAAGGAGGGUACGAAAAAAGCCCCUCCUGAUGAAGUUGAAAAUCUCAUCGAUUUCUCCACUCUGGACGUCGCCGAGUCUUUCAAUCCACCGCAAUUCCCCGAUUUUUUCGGCUUGGUCCAUGGCACUUCUACUGCAACGCCUUACAUAGCUACUUGGCGAGACAAUACACAACCGACCAGCAACCCUUUCUCAGAUCAAUAUCAAUCAUAUGAAUCCUCAGGCCCCGACACGCCACGAACAUUGACACCCCCAACCCUCCACUCUCAGUGUAACUCACGGCCCCACACUCCCACUACCAAUACAAUCUCAUUCGAAGAAGACGUAGCCGCCGUCCAGAAACGUCAAUCCGAGUGGGCUCAAGAUGACUACAACCAAGAGUUGCUCCCAGUCGACACCACAUUAACAAGACAGUUCGACCUCGACUUCCCACCUGUUGAUAGCUCAUUAAUUAGCCAAUUCGAAAUUGACUACCCACCAAUCGACACUUCCUUCUCCCUCGACUUCCUCACCGCGCAAAACCUUCAAGCAGAAUACGAUACCGAGCUGCAAGUCCAAGAAUCCUAUGCACGGCAAGUCCAACAUUUGGAAAAACAACAAUCGCCAAAUUUCGACCAAGACCUUGCAGAAGCGAGGCGUCUGCAGUCGGAAUGGGAAGCCCAGGAUGCGAGCACGCAGCAGGACUGGAAAUAUUGGCAGGCGAAAGCACAGCAAGAGGAUCAGCAGAUGGCUGCCCAGGUGGAGUUUGCCAGGGGCGUAGCGAGAUUGGAUGAGGAGAUGGCAGAGGACAUUGAAAGAGACAAAGCUGCUGCACUUGCCGCCCAAGCGCAAUGGGAGGCAGCUGCGAUGGAAUUGGAAGCACAAGUGAAGAGGGCAGUUGAGGAGGCGGAGAGGAGGGAGGCUGAGGACAGGAGACGGGAGGCUGAAGAGGAAGCGGCUCGGCGGGCGGAAGAGGAGAGGAGGGAGGCGGAGGACAGGAGACGGGAGGCUGAAGAAGAAGCGGCUCGGCGGGCGGAGGAGGAGAGGAGGGCGAGGGUGGCUGAGUGUGUUUCGUGUACGGAAGAGGGAGAGAAGAGUGACAUGUGUAUGCUGAAUUGUGAGCAUGGGUAUUGUAGAGGUUGUGUUGCUGAAGCCAUCAAAUCCGCCCUCAAAUCCCGCGCCCCCUUCAAAUGCUGCAAUGCCACGCCUCCUAUGCCCCUUCUAUCCCGCUUCCUGCCCGCCCCUCUCCUCGCCUCUUACAACAACCUACUCCUCGAGCUCUCAACCCCCAACCCAAAAUACUGUUCCAACGCCCACUGCUCGCUCUUCCUGCCACCAUCCUCCAUCAUUGGACCUCUAGCCACCUGCUCCUCCUGCCGUACUCGAACGUGCGCUUUAUGUUCAGGGGCUGAACACGCAGGGGUCUGUCAGCAGGAUGUUGCAGGGCAGAAAGUACUCGCACUGGCUGGCAGGAAAGGUUGGAAGAUCUGCCCGAAUUGCAAAUCUGUGCUAGAGAGGACGGAGGGGUGUUUGCAUAUGACGUGUCGCUGUGGAGCGCAGUGGUGUUAUAGCUGUCUUGCGAAUUGGGGGAGUUGUCAGAGUACAUGUCCUCGGCGGUAGGGGAGAUAACUUGUAGGGAAUGCAAAUGGUUGGAGUAAAUGACAUAGCAGCUACUAA